GUGGCUCUCACGGGCAGGUGCGGAAUAAUCUGCUGGAAGGUGAUGCUUCUUUCCGUGCUCUCGUGGCUCGGAGGUAACUGCUCUUGCAACUAGGAUUGGGCUCUAUGAAAACUCCCAGAGGAAAUGCCAGUUAGGAUGGCUAAAGAUCUGGAGGAAGCUGGCUCAUCCGCAGAGGAGGAAGAAGAUGCUUUAGAUGGACUGGAGGAUCAUCCAUGUAUCAAGUGGACCGGUGGUGGCUGCAGGCGGGUCCCUGUCUUGGUAUUUCAUGCUGAAGCCAUUCUGACUAAGGACAGCUACCUCCGUCUAAUUGGAGGUAAUUGGUGCUUUUGUUUCUAUUAUCCUAUCCAAGCAGAAAUGCUUCUGGCUCAUUGGGGUAAGGGGUGGAGAAGGAUCGAUGUAAGUCAGUUCACUGAUGCUGAUGCUGGCAUUUCCCAUCUCCCUUUGCCUGUUAUGUGCAUCGUGCGAACAGACAGCCGGCUGGUUCGGAGCAUUCUGAGCGCCCAUGGAUUCCAUGAGGUUCACCCUAAUAGCAGUGAUUAUAAUCUCAUGUGGACGGGAUCACACUUGAAGCCCUGCUUGCUGCGCUCCCUUACAGAUGUUCAGAAAGUCAAUCAUUUCCCUAGGUCAUAUGAACUGACACGAAAGGACAGACUGUACAAGAACGUCUGUCGAAUGCAGCUGGCCCAUGGGUUCAAGACAUUCCAUAUCUUACCUCAGACCUUUAUCCUCCCAACAGAGUACCAGGACUUCUGUAAUACCUUUUCUAAGGACAGAGGCCCAUGGAUAGUGAAGCCUGUGGCCUCUUCCAGAGGUCGAGGUGUCUACCUGAUAAAUAAUCCAAAUCAAAUUGUAGUGGAAGACAACAUUUUGGUGUCUCGUUACAUCAGCAAUCCCUUGCUCAUAGAUGAUUUCAAGUUCGAUGUGCGUCUCUAUGUUCUGGUGACAUCCUAUGAUCCACUCGUCGUCUAUCUCUAUGAGGAAGGAUUGGCCAGAUUUGCAACAGUGAGGUAUGACCAGGCAUCCAAGAACAUCAAAAACCAGUUCAUGCAUCUGACCAACUACAGUGUCAACAAGAAGAGUGGAGAUUAUGUCAGCUGUGAUGAUCCUGAAGUAGAGGAUUAUGGAAACAAGUGGAGCAUGAGUGCAAUGCUGAGGUACUUAAAACAAGAGGGGAGAGAUACUGCAGCACUGAUGGCCAGCGUGGAGGACCUGAUUAUCAAGACUCUAGUUUCUGCUGAGCUGUCCAUUGCCUCAGCCUGUAAAAGUUUUCUUUCACAUCGUGGCAGCUGCUUUGAGCUAUAUGGUUUUGAUGUCCUUAUUGAUGACACUCUGAAACCAUGGCUGUUGGAAGUGAACCUGUCCCCAUCAUUGGCCUGUGAUGCUCCUUUGGACCUGAAGAUCAAAGCUAGCAUGCUCUCAGAUAUGUUCACUCUUGUAGGCUUUGUAUGCCAGGAUCCAGGCCAGCGGUCAAGCCGGAACAUUUAUCAUUCAUCUGAAUGUGUCAAAAGAAAUCCAUAUCAGAAGCUUCAGCGUACCCGUCCUCUGUCUGCCAGCGAUGCUGAACUUAAAAGCUCAAUGCCCUUAGGCAGGGAAAAAGGAACAGGAAGGCACACCAGCUCUGUGCUAGGCCUCUCCAUGGAGGAGAUCAAAGUUCUUCGGCGAGUGAGAGAGGAAAAUGAACGGAGAGGAGGCUUCAUCCGGAUAUUCCCUACUCCAUUAACAUGGGACCUUUAUGGGUCUUUUCUAGAGCACAAGACAUCAAUGAACUACAUGCUGGCUACACGUCUGUUUAAGGACAGGGGCAAGAUGAAAAGAGAGUUCAUCACUGCAAGAUCCCGAGCAGGUCUCAAUGGAAGGCUGGAAGCUGUGGACUCUCAUGCUCUCUUUUAUGAGAGAAAGCUUAUUUCACUGGAGUUACGGAAGCGUCGGCGAUACGGCAAGGCUAGAGCAGCACAGACAAGAGCAUCAGGCACAUCAGAACCAACAAAGCUGUCCCUCAAGUCAGACACAGAAGGUGAGGAGGAAGAGGAGAUGGAUGCAGAUGAAGAUGAAGAGGUAGAUAGAACUAUCUGCUGUCUUUCGGACACCCAGGUGAAAAACAAGCCAAAGUUCUCUGACUCAGUGAAAACUACUUGUAAGGAGAAGUUACAAAAAAAACAUAGCAAGAAAACUGAAGAUGCAGAAGAGCUGCUUCUGCAAAAACCAGAUCCUAAAUCUCAGUUUAACUUGCUUCAGAUUCUUCAAAAGCAAGGAAACUUGAGCAAAGUACAAGCUCGUACAGCUUUCUCUGCCUAUCUACAGCAUGUUCAGCUCCGACUGAUGAAGAAUGCUGGUGAGCAGGUCCAGAAUCCUGCCUGGGUUGCCAAAGAGGAUGAGCAAAUGGAGCUCAUCAUCCGCUUUCUGAGGCGAGCUGCCAGCAACCUUCGUCACUCCUUGAGGCUGCUGCUCCCCAGCCGCAGCAUAGGACUAGUUGAUCGUCGUCGCAUCCUGGCUCGCCAGCUGGGCGAGUUCAUCAUUUAUUAUAACAAGGAAACAAAGCAGAUGGCUCAGAAACAACCAAAAAAGGAAGAGGAGGAGGAGGGAGUGAAUCCUGAAGAUUUUCAGAACUUCAUUGCCAGAGCAAGUGAAAGUGACCUGGAGGAAGUACUGACAUUUUACACACACAAAAACAAAUCAGCAAGUGUCUUCCUGGGAACAAAAAACACAGGCACAAAACACAGGAACACCAACCACCAGUCAGAGAAGCAGCCCCAUGGUGAGCAACCUGAGAUGGUGAAGAAAAUGAAAGAUGAUCAACCCAAAAGUUCAGUUGCAGAUUUGUCUGCAGAAGGAGCACUAAAAGGCUGUAAACCCAAAGAAGCUAAAUCAAGCUUUCCAGAAGGACUUGCCUCCUCAAAUGUUGAAGUGAAAUUACCUCAGUGCAGCCCUCCUGGUUCUUCUUCCUCUGUUCCUGCUGCCACGUUCCAGAGAAGUACCAGUUCUUGGAUGCCAUCUCAGCCUGCAGCCUCUGAAAAUUUAAAUGUGGCUGGUCACCCUUCAUUGCUGGCUCCUCCAGUUGGUCCCAGACUGAUUCAGUCCUCACCCCCACUACCCUCCUUGCAGAGCACAGCUCCUGACAGCUCUUCUGUCCUCACAAACCCAAUGUCCACUGAGACUUGUAGCCUUGCAGGGUUACAUCGUCGUUUUGGUAGCUUUGGCCCAUUCUCAUCCUUUCAGAGAGCUGUUCAGAUCUACAGUCAAAGAUUGUCCCAACCAUCCUCUACAAAAGUAGGUCUCCAUCGCAGUUCAAGUGGGCAGUGUGUGGGCUCUGCCAGGAUGCACAAAGAUGCAGAGCAUACUUCUUCCCAGGGCAAGAGUCAUGGCCCCAGUGUGGCAGCAGCAGAAGUGCAGCAGCUGGAAGAAAAGCAAGCAGCCUGCCAGUAUUCCCCACCAAGCCACGUCAGUGUCCUUACACAGCAGUUAACAAACCUGGACUUGGCAAGUGGAGCUAUAAGCAAAGGGAAUGCAACUGCCCCACAGAGCUAUUGGUCACCACUCAACAAAAGAGGGUCACUGUGGCCUGUUCAGUCAGUCACUCAUAGAGAUGACAAAAGAUCUGUCUCUUCAGCAGUCAGGGCUCCAGAGAAUCAUCAUUUUGGCUUGGAAGGAGAGAUGGAGACCAGUGUCUACAAGACGACACGGGGUCCUCUGGCACAUCCCAGCUAUCAGCUUCAGUUUGCUGUGCAACAACUUCAGCAGCAGAAACUUCAGUCAAGACAGCUGUUGGAGCAAAACCAAGCACGACAACAGGCUGUUUUUGCCAACUACUCACAAUCGAGCACCAGUCAUAUAUCUAUGCCAGCUGGCUCUGAUGCCCACAAGACGUCAAGUGCCACUUCUAGUAUCCAGAAGGCAUCCAGUUUGCACAAAGUAAUGCCAUCCCAGAGUACAGCUCCUCAGCUGGUUCCAAAGCCUCCAACAAACCACAGACAGGCAGUGAUCAGAAAGGCUGCAGCCCAGAGGAUUUCCAAGGUCACCUCCACUGAAAAGCAACUGAAUGGAUUCCAGAACAGCCUUCAGAGUGCUGCAUCCUGUGAGCCAGGAACAUAUUCCACAGCUUCUUCUCGCAGAGAUGGAUUAACACAGAACUCCAGGUGAGGAAUCCCCAGAGUUGCUUCAGGUAUGGGAUGAGGGAAGAAGCAGCAACAGUGACUUCACACCAUCACAUUCCUGUAUCAGCCAAAAAAGAGAGAAGACCUUGGUGAGAGAGCAGCCCACUGAAAAGAGUGUCUAAACAACUGUGGAAGCAGAUUAUGGUGAUGUACCUGCAAGCUGAAAUGAGUGAAUGCUGCUGAGAGCUUCUGCUGCUGAGUCUUUGUCCCUUCCUUCCAUUUCCUCUUGAUCACUAACUGUGAGAUCUUUGUGUAAGACAAGAGACCUUUCCUGCAGGUGCUCUUCAUAAAGUCCAGGUUUGAACAUAAAAGUCUCACCUGCUCAGCCAUUUCAAUCUGUUCUAGUCUGGUAAUAGCCAAGAUUCCAUGCUUUCAUCACAUGGCAACCAUCAGUAGAGAAAAAUACUACAACAUGCAACUGGAGAGGUCUGUGUUGGUUGCCAUCUUGAAUUUUGGCACAGAGCCAUAGAAAUUAACAGUUUAAAUAAAGUAUUUUCAUUUGUUUGUUUUGGU